AUGUUCUCGCUACUCAGCACCGCCACUAUGCUGGGCGCUUUUACCGCGCUGUUUGCAAUCGUGUUUCAGGCGUACCUCACCUCCAACGAGCUGGUACGGUUGACCGUCAUUUUGCAACACUUGCGCGACCUGGAAGUGGAAUUUCCGGUCAACGGUCCACGGGUCGCGAUCGGGUACGGUUCCUGCAGCGAUCUGCACGUUCGGGCAAUAGAUUUUCUCGAGUAUAGUGACCGCAUCGGACGGGCACUGAAUGUGAGCGAGUACACGUUUGACGAUAUCACGAACGAGGAUGAGUUUCUGCUAAACUUUGCCUAUUAUUUCCAACGUGGUGCCGCUGCCGAACGCUUCACCGUAAACAGAGAGAUGUUUAUGAGUUUGGUACAACGAGCAAAGAAAUCGAACACAAUUAAGCAUCACUGGGCGCUUGGUGGUAAUGCCCCGGUCAUAGGAACGCGCAUGGCUAUCGAGGGUGCAAACGUUCUUCUCGGUGCUAAAAUGUCCUCAAAGUUAAAGACGCACCUACGACCAGAAGUUCGUCUCACCGGUAGCCUUAUUGAGGACGAUGAUAUUCAUCUUAUAUUGGAGUACAACACCGGCGAUAGCUGGGGCGAACUCGUUACGCCCCGGGCAAAUCGCUACAUACUGCACAACGAUCACCACAAUCCGUACCUGAGCUCGCUAGAAGAAUUCAACACAGCCCUGAUCGGGUUCGAGCCCCAUCUGUUUAUCGUGAGCGGUCUGCAGAUGAUGGACAAUUACGCUUACCCGGUGGGAGUGCGUGAAAAGCUGCUCGAACGGGUACGCCAACAGAUGCAAGCCCGUUCACGCACCUCCACGUUGAUUCACUUCGAAAUGGCCAGCUUCGUGGAGCUGGAACUGCUACAGCUUUUGCUGCGAACGGUGCUCCCGUACAGUGAUUCGAUCGGUAUGAACGAACAGGAGCUCGACAAUCUGCAGCAAGUGUUGCAAACGGGUCGCAUCAGCUUGGUGGCCGACUGUAAUCCACGGGUCGCUCACUCGCUCGAUCAGGCGCGAACCGUGUUUCGAAUGCUUAACGAAGAUUUCUACCGCAAGCAGUACAGUUCCGACGAUGGAGCAACACGGCGACCGCUUUCCCGCAUACAUCUACAUACGCUUGCGUAUCAGGCGUUCAUUGUGACGAAGGAUAGCCGCUGGCGGCAUACGAAACAAGCCGCUGCGAAGGCAUCACUUACGGCACACCGGCACGUUUGUGCAAGCACGAUCGUUAAUCCGGACGCGGCGUAUCUGCAAAUGGAUGGUAGCUUUGCCGUGUCGGCUGAACCGGGUGCUCGUCGGAUACACUUCAACAAUCGGGAUCCCGUUUCCUGCUGGGAGGAAACGCUUGAACUACGCAUCCGUGAUGCACCAGCGAUCGUGGUGGAGAUUUGCGUUGCACCGGUGUUUAUAUGCAAGAAUGCAAAGCAAACGGUCGGUGCCGGUGAUAACAUUUCCGGGGCGGGACUUGUGCUGCAAAUAUGA